AUGGAUAUUAAUAAUAUAAUUAAUAAUAAUAAAAAUAAUAAUGAUAUAAAUUAUUUUGAAUUUCCAAAUAAUUUUAUAUUUGUAAAUAAUAAUACACCACCAUCAUCACCAUCGUUUUCAUCAGAAACUUCAUCACCACCUUUAUCACCAUUAUUACCAACUUCGUGUAGAAAUGAUACAUAUAAUAAUUUAGUUUCAAACUCUAAUGAAGGAAAAUAUGCAAAUAAUCAAAAUCAUUACUAUCACUAUUAUUAA